GCUCCGCGCGGUUCGCGUUUUCUUGUGUUGAGAGCUUCUCAUUCUCUUAUAUUAUAGAAGCCCGCGUCCGCGCCGGGGACGGGUAAAGCCCAGCGGAAGCAGCAGGGAGCACUGAACAAUGGGGGGGAUGAGGGCUUUAGCCCAUGGGUUGAACCACACCACAGGCUGAAGUCCUUCCACGGCGGGAGAAGGGCAGCGUCCUCGUUGUCGGACCGGAACAAGAAAGGGAAGCUAGUCGUUGGAGGGAAGACAAGGCUCGUGGAGUGCGACUCCACAGAAGAGCCUUACUCUAUGGGGGCGCUAGCGCGCUACAACUAGCACUUUGAAGCCAGCUGAAAAACGGAUGCGCGCUACUAGCGCGCAACGGCUUUCAAGCUUUACUAAUAGGGCUUUAUAGAGAGAGGUAAGUAAGGGGCUCGCUUUGCUUUUGUUGCGGAGCUCGCUGCCUUCCCACCCCUGCUUAGCGUUCCACUUGUGAUUCUGGAUGCAGUGGAGGAUUUUUAUAAAUGCGCCCGAAUGUUCCCUCUCCCCCCAUAAGACUCUAUUUCUCUUUCCUCCUCGAGAAAGAGAAAAAAGAGAAUCAAUCCUUUCUUCUCUUCUUUCAUGUGAGAACGGCCCUAUCUUGUAUCGAAAGGUUUUUCGUGCUAUACACCACGUUGAGAAAGACCAACCCCCUAUGUACCGUACCUUUUUUUUUACCUCGAAAGGGAGGUCCUCCUUAUGAUGCUACGGCCGGCUGUCCGAAGUGCAUGCAAGGGGUAAACUCGGAUAGGAUAGGAUUGUGCGUGCCGGGCCCUUCGGGUGUCAUAUUUUGGCCGAGUUUACCGUACCUCCGGCCCUUAUGUUACGCGACCGUAAUAUUUUGUUACGUUCCACCGCCGUUACGCCAGAAAGAAAAGGUUCCACACGAGCUCUCGUUCUGCGGCGUGGUGGCAGGACCGAUAGGGGAUUGGCUCCGGGUGUAGAUAGGGUAAAAUCUGCAGGGGUCAUGCAAAUACAUAGGCCCCUUCCCUUCUCUUUUGGAUGAAUGGGGUGGUUUAGAAGGCGCUUUCCGAUCUACGGUCCCUCGGAGCGAAGGGGGUUAGGCAGGUAGUAUGGGCCCUCUGACUUCCAGCUAUGUGUUUGCUGUGCGGCUCCCGCGAAGCGAAUGAAGGGAAGCUCUUCGAGCUUUUUCCGUCAGCGGCUUAUGUAGCGGUCGGCCUUAUAAAGCUCGCUAAGCUUCGCUUCCCUUAUUAAAAAAAAGUGGAAAGUCUUCACUUAGUAGUCGGCAUUCUAUAAGCGACUUAUCGAGUCUACGAAGCUUUGCUUCUUGUAGUCGGCCCGUAGUAAUGCCUUCCUUCUUUUGCUUGCCUCCUUCCAGCUCAGAAUGCUUGACCUCCUGCGCCAAGCCGAUCUUUUAGGCUUGGCUUCGUCCCGGAAGCGAAGCUUCUACGACGAGUCGCUUCUCCCCUUCUAUACUUUCUCUGGCGGAGAAAGCUCUUCGAGCUUACGGGUGAGCUUACGCUGACUCUCUCCGCCUCUUUGAUUGGUAGGCGGGCGGGCCCUCCUACUUAAGAUUCCAUUCAUAAGGGUAAUUUUUUGUUGUCGUGACGCUUUGGUUAGGCCGACUACUAUACUAUAGGCUACUUCUAGCUUCUAUAGCGGCCCUUCCACUUUGGUGUAGUUUUAGUUUGUAUUGGUACUGAAUGAAUAUAUCAAACCAAACAAA